AUGGCCUCGAUCCGCGCUCUCAGCAUCGUCGGCCUGCUGGCGGCGCUGCUGUUCCCCGUCUACACCUGGCUGGAGAACAACCUGGAGUCGUUCUACAUCUUCGACCCCAAGGACCUGCACGACCUGGCCAACCGCGCCAUCACGGCCCACGGCAACGACACUCGCGCCAUUGUCAGCUACAUCACCACCGAGCUGUCGGGCCGCGACCAUCUCACCAGCUUUGUCAACCUGGACGAGGAAUGGGUCUUCAACAACGCCGGUGGUGCCAUGGGUGCCAUGUACAUCAUCCACGCUAGCAUCACCGAGUACCUGAUCAUCUUCGGCACCGCCAUCGGCACCGAGGGCCACAGUGGCCGCCACACCGCCGACGACUACUUCAACAUCCUGACCGGCACCCAGCUCGCAUACGUGCCUGGAGAAUAUGAGCCCGAGGUCUACCCUCCGGGCAGCGUGCACCACCUGCGCCGCGGCGACGUCAAGCAGUACAAGAUGGACUCGUCGUGCUUCGCCAUGGAGUACGCUCGUGGCUGGAUCCCGCCCAUGCUCUUCUUCGGCUACGCCGACACCUUCUCCAGCACCCUCGACUUUCCCACUCUGUGGGCCACCACCAGGGUCACCGGCCGUGAGAUGAUCGCCAAUCUCCUGAAGAAGAAGCUGUAA